AUGGGCCCACCGAAACCCGGCCGUAAAAUUUCACAACAAGCCUUUGACGAAAUGGUGAAGGAAAACAUGGAGGAUCUGGGAAUGGACUCCACCGAAGCCCUACAAGACGCCAUCCAAACUCUCACCCUUCAAGGCGUCGAUCUCUCCGGAAUUAUCACGUGCACUCCGGGAGAGAGCAAUCCGGUGAUGGAAUGUUUGGACAAAUUGAAGCAGCUGAAUGAGAAUUGGUCAGAUCGAAAUCAGGCUAAAGACGAGAAUGCAGUGAAUGAAAUUGUGGAGUUAUUGGUAGAAUUGAAUGAUAUGUGCAAGGAUAAAGGAUCUGGGAAUGCGGCGAUUGCAACAAAAAAUGGUGGGAUAGAAUUAGUGAUUUCAGUUUGUACGAAGAUUCGGGCUGGGUUUGAUCGGGGUUUAGUCACCGGUUUGAAGACCAUUGCUUCUUUACUUCAUGAUCUUCAAAGUACUGAAAUAUUUAGGGAGAGUGGUGGCCCAAAUAUUGUGGUAGAUAUCUUAUGUGAUGGAAGACAAGAUGUAAGCAUCUUAGAUAGUGGUUUUUCAGUUGUAGCUGCGGCGUCAACUGGUAACGAGGUUAUCAAAGAAUCAUUCAUGGAAUUGAAAAUCGAUGAGCUAAUAGUCCAAACUUUGAAAGAACACAAUGGGGGUAGCAUUCCAAAUGCAUACAAUGCAAUAUGUAUCCUCUUAACAUCCGAUGACAAUCGUGUAGUGGCCUCUCAGGUUUUUGGUUAUGCUCGAAAAUUUGCAAAAUUAGGAAUCGCGGAAGUUCUCGUGGACUCACUCCAAGAAGGGAUCAAUUCACUCAGCCUGGUAUCAGCCAGCAUCGCUUUGAAGGCUGUUGCUGUCAAUGAUGAGAUUUGCAGAUCAGUCGCUAAUCAUGGGGGUUUAGACGCUAUUCUGCACUGUAUUGACAAUAGUGGUGUGCAGUGCAACAAUACUGUGGCUAUAGCUUGCUGCUCAUUGUUGUCUAAGUUGGCAGGAAGUGAUGUGAACAAGUGUGCUAUUGUUGAAAAGAAAGGCAUGGAUAGGCUUAUCAAACUAUCAUCAAGAUUCUCUGAUGAUCCUUCAGUGUUACAAGAGGUCAUGUCCACUAUAUCCAUACUGUGUUUAAGGUCCCCAGAAAAUGCUGCCUGCGCUAUUGAAUCUGGAGCAGGAGACCUUGCUAUUCAAGCUAUGCAGAGGUUCCCAGAUUCAGACCAACUGCAAAGGAUCUCUUGUUUCAUGAUUAGGAACCUUGUGGUCAGGAAUCCAGAGAACAGAACUCUUUUGCUCGGGAAUGGCAUUGAGGCACUCCUCAGAAAGGCAAAGGGAAGUCACAAGAGCUGCAAAAAUGCUGCCACUGAUGCUCUCAGAGAUCUAGGACUUGAUAAUUACAACUUAUAA